GCAAGGCGGUGCUGCUGCUAGUGGCGCUUCUGGUGCGACGUCAAACAAACUACAUAGGGGACCGGUUCAUGCCGCCACGCUAUUGGUCCGCACGGACUCGAGUGGCAUACGUCGCAAGCGCCUCAUUCGUCGUAGCGGGAGACAGCAAGUUUAGCUGUCAGGAGACGGCUUUUGUCGUAACUUGCUCACAUUGCCACACUUCCAAACACGUUAGUGCUGCUUGUGGCCGUGGCUGGAGGCAGCUGUCAUGGACCACAUUAAAGAUGGGUGGUUUACGGAGUCCUGCGCGCUGUGGCCGGGGCAAGCGUUGAGCCUCCAGGUGGAAGAAGUCCUCUACCACAAGAAAUCCAAGUUUCAAGAUGUUAUGGUUUUCAAGAGCAAAACCUACGGAAACGUGUUGGUGCUGGACGGAGUGAUCCAGUGCACGGAGAGAGAUGAGUUUGCAUACCAGGAAAUGAUUGCCAACCUUCCCCUGUGCAGCCACCCCUGCCCCAAGAAGGUCCUGGUUAUAGGUGGAGGAGAUGGCGGUGUGCUGAGGGAGGUGGUGAAGCAUCCACUGGUGGAGUCGGUGAUUCUGUGCGAGAUAGAUGAGGAUGUCAUAAAUGUUUCAAAGAAGUUCCUCCCUGGAAUGGCCAAAGGCUUUUUCAGUCCCAAGCUCACCCUCCAUAUUGGCGACGGCUUUGAAUUCAUGAAGCAGAACCAGGACGCCUUUGACAUCAUUAUAACCGAUUCUUCAGAUCCAGUCGGACCUGCUGAGAGUUUGUUCAAGGAGUCUUACUAUCAGUUGAUGAAAGCAGCUUUGAGAGGUGGUGGAAUUCUUUGCUCCCAGGGAGAGUGUCAGUGGCUCCAUUUGGAGCUGAUAAAGGAGAUGCAAACCUUCUGCAAGACCCUAUUCCCGGUGGUGGACUACGCUUACAGCACCAUCCCGACUUACCCCAGUGGUCAAAUUGGAUUCAUGCUCUGCAGCAAAAAUCCCGAAACGAGCUUCAAGGAACCUGAGAAAGCACUGUCAAAAGAAGAAAUGGAAAGUAUGAAUCUCAAAUACUACAACCCUGAAAUUCACAAAGCCUCGUUCGUCCUUCCUGAGUUUGCAAGAAAGGUACUCAGUGAAGCAUGACCGCCACGUUCCUCCUCAACCGGGCCCUCGCACCGCCGAUUAAAGCAACCUCAUUCUACCACGUCCCCACCUCAUCUGCAUAGGUCAGCAGCACCGAGAGAAACCAGGUGGUGGGAACUUGCCGAGUCAUUGUCGUGUCAGUGUUUCCUUCCUUCAGUCUCAUGCGCUCUUGGUGUUUAUUUAUUUCUCUCAUGUAUUAGGGUUUUCCUUCUACCUGUAAAUGUCUGUUCAGCAUUAUGCAGAGAGUACUUUGAUGGGCUGCUGUGAGUGGGAAGAGCAUCACCAUCAAAGCUGACCUCAUUUUGAAAAACGGUUUACCGGUUAUCCGACUGUUUGUCUCUACACAUUAUGCAAUAUGUUACGUACCAUAUAGAGUAUAUAAACUGUUUACCUGUCAUGUCUCGCUGCACAUUUAUUCAGUGUGUUUGGUAUCCGUACGUGCUCAGUGGGGGGAAAAAAGUGUGCAUUGUCCAUCUGUGACGAUCGAGGCAUUCAGGUUACUUGUCAUUCAGUACACGAAAACUAUAGUGCCUGAUAUUUGUAGUCUGAAAUAGCAGGAGAAAGCUGUGUCUGUUUCUAUCAUAAGGUACCAGGAAGGUAGUAACAUACACAAAAGCUGAAGAGAUGGGAAAAUCCUCCUUUUUUAGAAUAUCACUAAAGUAAGAUGAAAUAGAUUUAACUGAUCAGCUUUGUCAGUUUGAAAUAAAAAUGUCUUAGUGUUAAAAAAAGAAUCAAAUAUGCUAAUGGAGCUUUGCUAUGCCACAAAAUGUUUUUCUUUUUUAAAAAUGUAAUUCAUUAUGCAAUCAUAACUAGCAGAAUUGAGUACUGACCACUGAUAGUAAUCCUGCGCUGUAGUAAACUCACACUAGUACUACAGAACGAUGAUCGUUUCUCUCCAUGUGGAAAUCGUAUGUUUGUAUCGGUUGUUGUAAAAGAUAAUUUACGACGUAAUUGUUCAUUCUUUGUUAAAGAAUGGAUUUGUGUUUUUAUAAGAAUUCUAAUCUGUAAUAAACUGGUAAUGCAAAUUCAUUCAAUUUUGGCUUUGCGUUUCUUAAGAAUAUGGUCAUUUGAAGAAAAAAAGCACAAAAAUGACCCAGCCUCUGACAAAAAGGCUGAACUGAACUCGUAUCAGUUUCCAACAAAGGAAACUGAUCUUUGCAGCUGGAUGGUGAAGUUCAAAUGAAUGUAAUUUCCAUUUUCAGCCAGAGGGUGGCAUCCUGUUGCCGGUUUGAUUCAGUUGCUCAGACGUCUGACAGCAAAAUAAUAAAAUAUGCAUGUCUAUUGUGCAGUUUAGAUUCACUUGACUGAAAAGCCCCUUUGGCUGCAGUGAAUUGCUCAAUUGUGUAAUUUUCCAUUAGAAAGUGUGACUGUAGCUCUGUUUCCACUCCGUUGCAUCAACCCCAGUCACUGCUGAAGACGUUCCCUUUCUGGUUUUCCAGUUAAAAGUGACUAUUGUCACGAUGUCUUGAAGGUGUGUGUGUACUCACUUCUGCACCAAUGAACUACUAGUAUUAUGUCACCUUCCAAAAUUGCUUUAAAAUAAG